GUGUUCUCUUUGGACAAUCCUGAUGCCUUGCAGAGUUUCUACAGCCCUCAUAAGACACAGCUGAAGAACUCUGUGAUGGAACGGUUGGCCGAGCAGCUGGCAACUCUGUGUGCCACACUGAAGGAAUACCCUGCCGUCCGAUACCGAGGGGAGUAUAAAGAUAACGCCACUCUGGCUCAGUUGCUUCAGGACAAACUGGACGCCUACAAGGCAGAUGAUCCCACAAUGGGGGAGGGUCCAGACAAGGCUCGCUCCCAGCUCAUUAUUCUGGACCGAGGUUUCGACCCUGCCUCUCCUGUCCUGCACGAGCUCACCUUCCAGGCUAUGGCCUAUGACCUGCUGCCCAUUGAGAAUGAUGUCUACAAGUAA